UACAGUAACAACCAAAGAAGAAUAUUCAAACAGCGAACCCAAUUCAAACCAUUGAACCUACCACAAUAUAAUAAACCGCCACAAUGCCCAAGUCAAAGCGUUCCAAAGUCGUACACCUCACGCAGGUCAACAAGAAGACCCGCGAGAACAAGGAGCGCCUCUUCGAAAACAUCCGCGAAUGCAUCCCCCAGUACCAGCACUGCUUCAUCUUCGCCGUCGACAACAUGCGCAAUACAUACCUAAAAGACGUAAGACAGGAGUUGUCCGAUAGCCGCCUCUUCUUCGGCAAAACAAAACUCAUGGCCCGCGCCCUCGGCCACAGCCCCGAGGACAGCUACGCCGAUAACAUCUACAAGCUAACCCCGUACCUACGCGGCACUGUCGGCCUAAUCUUCAGCAACCGUCCACCCGCGCAACUAUUACCAUACCUAGAGUCUCUAGCGGGUGAAAAAGUCGACUUCGCGCGCGCCGGCGCAGUCGCACCUAGAGACUUCGUCAUCCCGCCGGGAACCUUGUACGCGACGGGCGGCGAGGUCCCGGCCGAGCACGACGUCCCGCUAGGACACACCCUGGAGCCCGAGCUGCGACGUCUAGGCAUGCCCGUGCGCAUGGUCAAGGGGCGCGUUGUGCUCGAGGAGGCGCUUGAGGGAGCGCGUAAGGAAGAGGGGUACGUGGUGUGUCGGGAAGGCGACGUGUUAGACUCGCGGCAGACGAGGCUGCUGAAGUUGUUCGGCGUGUGCAUGAGCGAGUUUAAGAUCAAAGUCGUCGCCUACUGGAGCGCCGCCACGUCCGAAGUCACGCCCGUGGAUCCAGAGGCUAUGGAUGGCGUUGAGGACGAGGGAAGCGACUAAGGGGAAACACAUGUCUGUUGCUGAUACUAUACUUACUCACUGUUCCUGUAGUUUUCCCUCUCCCCCGUAUAUAUUCUCGUAUGUGCAUUUACGGCGAUACCAUGGUUGCUGGCGUUCUUGGCAGAGGCAAAAAGAAAGGGGCCGGAAAGGGUUUUCAUGAUUGAUUCAGGUUUUCACUAUUUCGCUAUGCGCGCAUUAGCAUUGGCAUGUUAGGCUUAUCUAGGUCGAAAGGCAUUAUAUGAGUCGUCAUCAUCCAAGACGACAGCCGUAUAAAAACUUUUUUGUGACUAUCUUACAAUUCAAUUCGAUGCUAUGUCUCAUGAGAAACGUGUCAAGCAAGAAUAAAAACUAUUGCUAAUACAGCUAAUACACGGGAUUACACGACUUGACUCAUUAUAUUUUUUUCACUUCCAUCCAACGCCUCCCUUUUCCACUUGACAAUACAUCAUCCCCGGUCAGUAGGCAUACCCGUCGUUUCUUACCUCCGACCUUACCUGAGGAAAUAAAAUCUACUCGCUAUUUAUUGCUUGCGACUUAACUAGACCUUGC